AUGAAUGAGAUCUGCACCAUAUUAAAAGAAUACAAUGAAAGUGACACUGAAGGAAUAAUAGAUUUAUUCAAAGAAUACAGUGUUAACCCAAAAGAUAAAACGGAAGUUCACGCUAAACUCAAAGAACUGGACUAUUCUAAACUGAUGGCAUUUGACGCUAAUGGGUUGUACGCUUCCGCCAUGACAGAAGGUGAAUACCCUAAAGCAGAAAGUGCUAGGGCUUUUCGACUGGAGGAAAAUGAAGAAUUUGUCAAGCUCUUUAAUGAGCAGAAAUUCAGACCUAGAACUGCUAUUUUAAAAGUCUGGUUUAAAUAUCCUACCAACAUGUUCUUUCAACCCAUACCAGCUAAGGUUAAUAUCACUUUCACAAAUAAAGAAGGAAAAAAGGAAACUGGCACUAAAAUCAGGUUUAGAAAUGGUUUCUGUUCAGAUGUUUUAACAUCGGUUGAUAUUCAAGAAAUAGUGAAAUCCGGUGGUAAAAUUAUUAAAAUAUUAGAUGGAAUAGUAUACGAAGAAAAUUUUAAAACUCCACCAUACAGAGAUUAUAUUUUAAUUUUGAAGGAAUUAAGGAAUAAAUACAAAAAAGAAGGAGAUAUGGUUGCUAGUAAUUGCAUGAAAUUAUUAGGUAAUUCCUUAUACGGUAAAUCUAUUCAGAAGGAUAUAAAUACAUCGAGACAUCUAUGGAGUGAAGCGACUUUUAAAGCCAACUAUGAUUCACACGUCAAAAGCUAUGAAAAAGUAAAUGAGACCCAAUAUAUCAUUCAGAUUAAUGACGAAGAAAAAGAGUUUUUUACUCCAAAGGAUUUUACUAGAUUAACACCCGCUCAUUUAGCGCCAAAAGUAAAAUACAAUAUCAUUCUAACUUUCGACGGUAUUCUAAAAGAAAAGAAAACGUUUAAGGGUUACUCUGACUAUAAGAUUAAGGUAGAAGACUACAUUCAAUUAGCUAGUGGACAUGAUGUAACGAAUGAAUUUGAUAAACCUUGGGUAAAAAGUUUUACUGAUGGAAUAAUUAUUCCUAAUGAAAAACAAAAGAAAGUUUUCAGAAGUUAUCUGAAUCUCGUUAAGAGAAAAGCACCGAAUGAAGAAGGAAUCAUGUAUCCUUACAUCGACGGAAAAAAAUUGAACAUAGAUGAAAACUAUGAAUUUGAUGAUCACGAUUAUCUAACUAUUCAAGAAGAGAAUGAAGAGUGUGAAUUUUUUUGUUUUAAAUGA